AUGGCUUCGUAUAAGGCGCUGUAUGGAUGGAAGUGCAGGACACCAUUGCAUUGGGAUGAGGUAGGAGAUAGAGCCGUGUUGGGUCCAGACAUUGUGGUCAAUACAGUCGAUCUAGUUGCUAAGAUUCGGAACAGGAUGCUAUCAGCACAAAGCCGACAGAAGAGUUAUGCUGAUCUGAAACAGACGGAUUUGGAAUUUGCAGUAGGGGAUCUUGUAUUUCUCAAAGUGUCACCGAUGAAAGGGUGGACACCAGAUUUGUCCUAUGAGGAAGUGCCGAAGCAAAUACUUGAUCACCAAGUCCAGAAGUUGAGGAACAAGGAGAUCAGGAUGGUAAAAGUUCUAUGGGGAAACCAGCUGACGGAGGAGGCAAUGUGGGAAUCUGAAUUGGAUAUGCGCAACCGCUACCCCGAGUUAUUCGGUAAGUCAAAUUUCGAGGAUGAAAUUUUUUUUAAGGGGGGAAGAAUUGUAAGGCCUCAGGAGCGUAACUGA